UCUGUUGCUUGUGCGCGUGUGUUGACGGCGUCUAGCAGGAAAAUCAUGCAGCGCAUAAAUCCAGCGCUGCGUGAAAUAUCCCUGGAAAACCUUAUAAACACGCAUCUCACAACUUUACAAACGUUGACAAAAGCUUUACGGGAUGACCAGUUCAGAGCUAGUGUUGAUAAAGAUGUUAUUGAAAACCUCCAUGCCGUGCUUUCAAGACGCUUUGUGGAAAUUAAGAGCAUGGGUGAUGAUGUGGAUCCAGAGGAUGAAAGUGUGUCAUUGUGCCUUAAACUCACCGCGGAGUGUUUCAGAGCACAUAGGAAUGCUUGUGUGCAGUGCACUCCAAACCAAUGCAGUCUGAGAAAUCUUGGUUCUAUCAAGGUAUCUUUUGAGAUUUUGGGCGAACUCAUUAAGUUUACAUCAGGAGGAUCAAAUGUUGUCUAUGAUGCGAUCCGAUGUGGUAUUCAGUUUCUUGGUAACAUCGCUGUUGGAAACCAGCUCUGUAAAGAUGACAUCUGGAAGCUUGGUUUUCCGCACAUCUUUUGGAACAUGUUGGAGCUACCGGACGAGAAAGCUGUUUCAUACACAUGCAUGGUACUUCACACUUGCCUCGAUGAACACAAGACAGAAAAGCUAGCUCAAGACACACAGCAGCUUAAAGUGUCUCUGAAGAUCAUGGACUUGUGCAGGACUUUACCUGAUGUGGACUGGACGGUCUUGAUCGCCACACAGCAUUUCCUCAAGUCUUCAGAGAUCAUCAGCAAGAUGUACACAGAAAUGACCAAUGAAGAAAGACUAACACUAUUGGAGCUGAUAUUAGCGCAUCUUGCUGUUGGUGAAGAGGAGAAAGACUCUUUAAUACCUCUGAGUCUAGCUGUGUUUCUGGCCUCCUGCUUCACUGAUCGCUGCAGAGCCGUUCUUACCCUCGCCACUCAAUCCUCAGCUGAUAACCAGGGUGCCGUGGUCGUGAUCAGACUUUUGGAGAUCCUUUGCGAGAUGACCUCGGACCGGAAGAAGUUCAUGGCCCUGCAGGAUCACCCUGACCUUCUGAGCUCAACAGUCGUUCUCUUGAAAGAGGUCCAUUUAUUGGGCAAGACGAGUAAAAAUGUGUUCACCGCAGCACAGGAUUUCUCCUUGAAAAGGCCAGGGGGCGCCGACGACCACCCCGCACUCAGUUUCAAAGCUCAUCUCAUCCGACUCAUCGGGAAUCUUUGUCAUAGCCACUGUGUCAACCAGGACAAGGUACGAGAACUGGAUGGUAUAGCGCUCAUUCUGGACAACUGCAGCCUUGAUAGCAACAACCCUUUUAUAAGCCAAUGGGCUGUUUUUGCCAUCCGGAACAUUCUGGAACACAACCCUGAGAAUCAGAAGCUCAUACAAGACCUUCGAAGUCAAGGUGUGGCAGACGACACGAUGCUCAGAGAGAUGGGCUUCAGAGUGGAGGAACGGGAUGGCAGUAGUCUUCUCAGGCCCUUAAAGAAAGACCCAUAGUGGAUUUUUAGGCCAGGAGACACUAUCCUAAGAUUCCCCUAACCCAUCCCCACACUCCUUGACUGUGUUAUAAUAUGCUCUGAAAAUGGCUUCAAACGCCCACAGAACACACUGGGGUCAUUUCAUUUUCCAAUCAGUGCUUGGGAACACAAGGGGCCGGUCUGUGCUUUUGUGCCGUCCACACAAGAGGAAAUCAAUCAUAGGAGCUAAUCUGAGAAGGACCCAUGCUGGUAUCUGUGAUGCAUUUAGUGCUCUUUGAUUGUGCCCCCCCCCAUGUGGAAUUCAAAUCCUAUGAAACAAGCAGAACCGUGUCUUCCUGGCUUUUCAGCUGCUGAAGAGACUCUGGUGACCAAUGGGGAGUAGAGGUUAAUCCCUAAUUCAGUGCGUUUUAUAGAGACCGACUGCCCUCUUGAUCUUUGCGUGUAAAGUUUGUCUCAAUACCCGCGAGACUUCGCUUUAAAUUCCGAUUUCUUAACAGAGCUGUGCAAUUUCCCAAAAGUAGAAAUUGUGUUAUUUACCCUCAAACCAGAAAGCAGAAGAACAGAUUUUGAGACGUCUCAGUGGUUUUGUGUCUGUACAAUGGAAGUCAAUGGGGGCCAGUGUUGUUUGGUCACCAAUGCGCUUCAAAGUCAUACAAAAGUCAUACAAGUUCGGAAAGACACGAGGGUGAACAAAUAAUGAAAUAAUUUGAGUUUUUGGAUGAAUUAGCCCUCUAAAAGAAAAGUUCGCCCAAAAAUGCAAAUCUUGUCAUCAUCGGCCUUGCUUUAUGGUUUUCGUUUUUGGAAGUGAAAAAUGUUGGUUCACGGUCACUGCACACUUUCAUCACAUGGAAAGGAUCACCAUGAACAUCCUGUGUAAGAUCAUACAGGCUUGGAACGACAUGAGGGUAAGCAAAGCAUGGGAAAGGUUUUCUGCACAUUUUUUUGACCAAACCAACUCAUUUACAUGUUUCUGGAAAUGGAGAUUACAGCGUAGAUGACACUUGGUUAUGAUGUAUCGCCUGGUUUCUUUGCUUGCUGUCCAACCUAAUCUACAUUAGAGGAACUUCUCAAUGGCUUACCAAACACCAGUCAUCAUGUCUCUUAUUCUUUCUCAAUUUCAUAUCCUUUUUUUCCUCUUGUACCCGUCUAGUUCUCAAGGGGGUCAGUUUGUCCCAAGUGAAUCAGACCAGAAGUAUUAGCUUGCGGAAUCAGAUCACGCCCCAUCCUGUCCCGGAAUGAGCUGAGUGGUCCGCCCCCCUUCCAUUAAUACCCCUCUUCGGAGGCCUCUGCUCUCCCCGCCACACCCUGUUUUCUCUGCCUCAUAUUUUUUAAUGACAAAAUGUUUGCGCGAAACAAUCCUGGUUGACUUUUCUCUCAAUCCGGGGUAUAGUGUUGGGAGCUUACACGGUUCCGGCACCCAGCGGUUCAGACAGCUAACAAAACAGGUCCCAUUUACUUCUGCUCCGAUGGGUGCCUGCUAUGCUUUUCACACACAGGAAAAAGACCGGGGAGCCUACGGCGGACCAAUAAAUGAGGCAGCCUAUUCAAACGCGGGCUGGAGAAUCUCUGCCGUCACUCUGAGAUCAGCGUUUCGCUAUAUCUGCACCCACGCCUGUGUGCCGGUCAGCGCAUCUGGGAAGAAAUUUUAAGGGAUGUGAAUUGUUUGAACGUUUGCCAUCCUUGUUAGCGUUACCUGCAUUUGUACAUUUUUUUAUUAAAUACAUACGCUGCUGUUAUUGAA